AUGGACAAGUAUCGAAUUGGUCGCGUCGAAGGUCCCUGGAUAAGCAUGACGCCUCCAAUCCGAGGUGGUAUAUUCUUGACCCUGGCAGAUGAUAGCACAAGUGCUUCAGAGGAUGAUUCGCGUGGAUCUGACACGAGUGAAACCACCGUUGAAGAUAUCAUGGAGACUCAAGAGGAGCUCAAGGUGGAGAUUAGGAAACGUGCAGCCGCGCGAAAGGCUGAUAUACAGAGUCGUAACAUCGAGGACCACCACCUUACCCCGGAAGAAUACACGGAGAAGAUGGUGCAGAAGGAGCUCGACGAUGACCACCGUGAUUACCCCUCCCUGGAUCCCGAGACACAGCGUCACAUUGCGUCCAAAUACAAGGAGCUGCACCAGAGAAUCAAGGAUGCCGGGUUAUACAACUGCCCUUAUAGCGAGUACGGAAAGGAACUGAUACGAUACUCCAUCCUCUUCGGACUCUUCAUCGUUACUCUCAGGGCUGGGUGGUACAUCCCCUCUGCAGUUUUCCUUGGCCUGUUCUGGCACCAGAUCAUGUUCACUGCGCAUGACGGUGGUCAUCUAGCUAUCACCCAUAACUUUGCCAUUGACACGAUAAUCGCCAUGUUCAUCGCAGAUUUCUGCUGUGGACUAUCAAUUGGCUGGUGGAAAUCCAGCCACAACGUUCAUCACCUCGUUCCUAACCAUCCUGAACAUGACCCAGAUAUCCAAAACAUCCCAUUCUUCGCCACCUCUCCUUCUUUCUUCAAGUCCCUUCGCUCCACCUACUAUGAUUUCGUCUACGUCUGGGACGCAGCAGCCAACAUCGUCGGCCAAUACCAGCAUAUCUCUUACUACCCCAUCAUGGGCAUAGCACGAUUCAACCUCCACCUCCUCUCGUGGCUCCAUCUACUCUCCCCCCGCUCUGCCAGCUUCGGUGCAGUCGCCUGGACCAAACCAACUGAAAUUGUCUUCAUGUGUGCCCAUUGGUACCUCUUCGGCUACUGCCUUGUCUGGUGCACAAUCCCCACCUGGCCCCUACGCAUCGCCUUCGUCCUCGUCUCCUACAUCAUCACCAUGGGUCUACAUGUGCAAAUCACACUUUCCCACUUCGCCAUGUCCACCUCUGACGUGAGUGUGGCCGAAUGCUUCGCUCAGCGCCAGCUACGCACCACCAUGGAUGUCGACUGCCCUGCCUGGCUCGAUUGGGUCCACGGUGGACUCCAGUUCCAGGCCAUCCACCACUUGUUCCCUCGUGUGCCAAGACAUAAUCUGCGAAAGCUCCAGGGCUGGGUCAAGAAGUUCUCUGAAGAAGUUGGAAUUGAAUAUAAGAUCUAUGGCUUCGCAGACGGUAACCGUAAGGUGAUCGGACGUCUGGGCGAGGUUUCUAAGCAGGUAGAAAUGCUUGUUAAAUGUCAGAAACACAUGGCUGCGACCGGCGAGAGCGGGCUCCAUUGA